GGCAUGGAUUUGGCGGGAGUCUAUAAAAAGCCGCCGUGAGGCGAGGCUACCGUCCUGGCAGAGCCGCCGGCAGAGGCUGGGGCGCGGCGCCGGCACCGCACCAUGAUCAACCCCAACUACUACCCCUGGGGCUACGACAGCGACAACGGACCAGAUCAGUGGCACAAAAAUUACCCUUUUGCAAAAGGACGUCAUCAGUCACCGAUUGAAAUCAAUAACAAAGAGGUGCAUUAUGAUAGUUCUCUACUACCAUGGUUUGCUAGUUAUGAUCCUGGGGCAGCUAAGACCAUCCUCAAUAACGGGAAAACCUGCAGAGUUGUAUUUGAUGAUUCAUUCGAUAGAUCAGUGCUGAGAGGUGGGCCACUUCCAGGAGUCUACAGGCUGCGGCAGCUGCACUUCCACUGGGGCUCGUCUGACAACCACGGCUCGGAGCAUGUCGUGAAUGGAGUGAGGUAUGCAGGAGAGCUUCAUUUGUUACACUGGAAUCCCAAAUACAGUAAUUACCUUGAUGCUAAGAGGAGAACUGAUGGGAUUGCUGUUUUGGCCAUAUUUUUGCAAGUAGGGGAAACUCCCAAACCAGAGAUGAAGAGAAUUCUUGAAGAAAUAAAUGCUAUCAAAACAAAGGGGAAAAAUGCUCCUUUUCCAAACUUUGAUCCUUCAAUUCUUUUCCCUAAAUCUCAUGACUACUGGACAUACCAUGGAUCUGUCACUACGCCACCUUGUGAAGAGUGUGUUACCUGGAUUAUUCUUAGAGAGCCCAUCAUAGUCAGUUCAGACCAGAUGGCAAAGCUCCGCAGCCUCUCCAAGAAUGCUGAGAACGAACCCGAUCACCCCUUGGUUGAUAACUGGCGCCCGACUCAGCCGCGUUAUUUCAGGAUGGUGAGCGCGUCGUUCCUCUAGGACCUGGCUCCUCUUGGGUGGCUCUGAGAGAGGCAGCCUCUAGAAAUAAGAGGUGGUUUUGUUUG